CAGACACACACACACACACACACGCUUUUACUUUGACAUCAGCUGACAGGAAACAGCACACCGUGUUUCCGUUAACUUGACGUGUCUCCGGCAGUCUGCACAGUCCGAACUCCGCUGGUGGACGUGUUUGAUCCGGAUCAUGGACCUGGUCUCUGAGCCUCUGCUCUAACCUCCAGCUCCCCCCGCGGAGCUCCGACAUGCUGCUGCCGGGAAACGACUCCUCCGACUGGGCUGAACUCCGCCAGUCCAAUCGGUCCGAGGCGGCGGAGGGUGAGGGGUCCGGGCUGGAGGUGGUGAUUGUGCCGGCGGUGUUCGGGCUGAUCUUCGUGGUGGGGGUCGUGGGGAACUCUCUGGUGAUGGUGGUGAUCGGGAAGGUGAGCUCCGGCUCCGGCGGCGGUGGCGGUGGGUCAGCGGGGAGCCGGCGCUCCGGCAGCCCGACCAACACCUUUAUCCUGAACCUGAGCGUAGCGGACCUCAGCUUCCUCCUCUUCUGCGUCCCGUUCCACGCCACCAUCUACUCCCUGCCGGAGUGGGUGUUCGGAGCCUUCCUCUGCUGGUUCGGACACUACUUCUCCAGCGUCAGCAUGCUGGUCAGCAUCUUCACGCUGGUCGCCAUGUCCGUGGACCGCUACAUCGCCGUGGUCCUCUCCAGAAAGUCUCCGCGCGUCCGGAGCCGCAGGAACGCGCUGGCCGGGGUGUGCGUCAUCUGGACGCUGUCGCUGGUGUGCUCGGUGCCGGUGGCCCAGCACCAGGUCCUCACUAACCACUCCACGGCCCCCAACAACACCUUCUGCUGGGAGAGGUGGUCCUCCCGAGUCUCAAGGCAGUCCUACAAGGUGACAAUCCUACUGAUCGGAUACCUGCUGCCGCUGCUGCUCAUCAGCUGCUGCUACACCAAGGUUUUAUUUCAUCUCCAUAAAAAGAUGAAGAACAUGUCCAAGAAGUCUGAACACUCCAAGAGAAAGACGGCUCAGACGGUUCUCCUGGUCGUCACCGCCUUCACCAUCUGCUGGAUGCCGCACCACAUCAUCGCCAUGUGGGAGUUUGGCACGUUUCCUCUGAACGAGCCUCCUUCGCUUUUCGUAUCGUCUCGCAUGCCUGUCGUAGGGAACUCGUGCGUGAACCCCGUCCUCUAGUUCCUGUCCGAGAACUUCCGUAAGGCCUGCCGCCAGGUCUAUACCUGCCACUUCCUGUACCCGCCGCACCCAGCAGCAAGGUGGUUUUCGAUUCCGCAUGGAAACUUCCACCACAACUUCCACCACCAAAUAUGA